UCGUCAUCAUCAUCAUCCUCUCUGCCCGCCGCAGCUGGAUCCUCGCUCCAUUAAUAGAUUACGCUACGGAUUUUAGGCAGAUUUAGCCGGAUUCAUUUGCUUAAAAGACUUUUUUGGAAGCCUCCUCGGAUAACGCCGCUCCCAUCCCUUCCGUUUCUAUCAUUUUAUUCCCCCCCACCCCCUAUUUUUUUAUUUUUUUUGAAGAUCGGGUUAUAUAUCAAGGGAAUUCUCCUUUUUUUCCCCAGCUAUCGACAAAAGAGGCACUUGUAUGGAUCAGAAGUAGCACAACUGCCCUACGCGUCGAUGAGGGCCGUCCCAACAAACUGAUGAAAGCUCGCCGCGUAUCCUUCGCCUCGGAGAUCGUUCCACAAACCGGGGAGAUUCAAAUCGCAAGCAAAUCCUCCCGGGAUAUUUGAAUGCCAGGCUGGGAGCGAAUGCAAAGCAGGGAUCCGGCUGAGCGAUAAGAGAGACGGCGGCACAAACACCUCGGGGUCGUCUGAAUCGCCACCGAAAUAAAGCAGGAGAUAUCUCUGAGGGCUUCGCUCACUUAAAGCCGCCACCAUGGAUGAGAUGGACGUGCCCCAGAUGAAGAAGGAGGUCGAGAGUCUGAAGUACCAGCUGGCUUACAAGAGAGAAAUGUCCUCUAAAUCCAUCCCUGAGCUGCUAAAGUGGAUUGAAGAAGGAGUACCGAACGAUCCCUUCCUCAACCCGGAGCUAAUGAAGAAUAACCCCUGGGUGGAAAGAGGAAAGUGCAGCAUCCUGUAGGAGACCCCCCCCCAUAAGAAAAUAAAAAAUCCAAAAAACAUUAUCGGAAUGUCCUAAAACAAACAUAAAAAAGUGAUAUUAGGGUACAAGAUAGGAAGCCGUUUAGAUCUGUAU